AUGGACGAUGUCAGCACCCAUCUGCAAUCUAGACCAUACUAUGAUCCUGAUACCUUUAACGCGGGCUAUACGGCAGUCUUCAAGCCAGAACAAGGCGUUGUUGACAACCAUGGAUUCACAAUAGCCUCCAAGCUAAACAUCUCCCCAAACUCCAAGUCAAAAUUCGCCAACAAGCUACGGGACGGCGGAAUGCUAUCGCAACUGACCACAGGUCUUAAGAAACAAGUACAAGAGGCCGAAAACUCUGCAGAAGAAGCUAAAAAAUCCCUAGGAGAUAUGGAAUGGGCAGACCUACUGAAUAUGAAAUCGUGGAAAACUGUGGGGACGCAACUUUUGGAACAAUUCCUAAGGCGAUACGUUAAGCACUUGAUUCAGCAGCCCUUUGAAACGGCUAGACUAUUAUUGCAGGUUGGAAACUUUCAGUUCAAGCCCGUCACCGACAAAUCAAAAAUCACUUUACAAAUAGAGGACGAUGAGGACGGUGAUGACGAAGAGAUUGACUUUUUCCCCGAAACCUCUGCCCCCGUCGAGAAUCAGGACUCUAGUAGUCACCAUCGCAAUUCUCAUUCGGUCCCCACAUUUACCAAGAAGAUUCAACCGGAAUCCUUGCACACGAUGGACAUUCUUAACGCGGUGAUGGACGAAGAAGGUACAAAGGGCCUGUGGAGAGCCAACAAUACCACAUUCAUUUACAACUUCCUCUCUAUAACCCUAGACGCGUGGUUCACCGGAAUGCUUUCUCCUUUCUUGCAAAUUCCAGAUCCCUAUUUCAUCGACAUAAUACACUCGCCCGACGCACAGAAGUCGAUCUUGCUCACAGCCGCCGCAAGCGUCUUCACUGGCUUAGUGCUACUUCCAAUUGAUUUGAUCAGAACCAGACUCACCGUAACGUCAGUCAAGGUCGGGGAGCGGAGUUUACGCAACCUGUUAAAGAAGUGGUCUUGGACCCAGCACAUGCUGGGUUUGCCAUUGGAAAUGGUAUCGUUGUGCAUUGGAUACUCCCUGACUUCCACGAUGUUCCGCAAACUCACGGCAGUGGUGUUAUACCACCAGUUCAACGUCGACAAAUAUUCGCGUGCGCUUUGGUACAAUACCUUCGAAUUCAUGUCGCGGAUCGUAGAGCUGUUCAUCAAGCUGCCACUUGAAAACCUGCUCAGACGUAGCCAAGUCAGCUAUCUACUGAGAGCGCGCCCACAUGAUCCCUUGACCAUUCAUGAGGAGGACAUGAUCAUCGAACCCCGCCAGUAUAAGGGGAUCUGGACUACACUCAAGCAAAAGGGCCGCGUCCACGAGCUUUGGCGCGGUUGGAGACUGGGUCUCAUGAGCGUGGUGUGCGGAUAUGGGCUCAAGCUCAUGGAUCGCGACGCGCUUGAAGAAGAGAAGUUCUAG